AUGCGCUUCCUUGCCCUCUUGGCUUUUGCCAUCGCCCUGCUCACGCAUUCGGUCGAGGCACUCCCUCUCGAAGACACUGCUCUCAUGUCCCUAGCUAUCCCAACCGAGGGCGCCUUGGCCUCUCUCCUCGAGACUUCUGACUCCGCUUCUCGAUGCCAACCGCUCAACAUCUGCGCCGUCGUCACCUUCGGGGAUAGGACACAAUCCGAGUUCGGGAACACGCGCUGUACUCGACUAAAGGAUGACGCCUGGGCUGUCUACGUCAAUAAGUGCACUUGCGGGUUCUACAACGCGCCCGGUUGCAAGAGCAAGGAUUACCUCGGCGGAAUGAAUUGCCAGGGGCCACGAAUCUUGGACGUCCCUAGGCCUGUGCGAUACAUUACGUGUGUUGGAAACAAAUGGCCUUAG